AUGAAAAAUCUAAUAAACAAUAAUUAAUUCUUAACAAAAAAAAUGGCAAGCAGCAAAAAUUUAUUUUCAUAUAGUAUUAGAAGAUUUAUAUUUACCAGUUGCGUUAAUAACAAGUCAAAUGCAUCUGCAAUUAGGCAAUGUAAAUUUAUGGGUAAAAUAAUGCAUGGUAACACAUCAAAAAAAAAAUGGCAUGCAGGAAAAAUAAAUUUACCCAACAAGCCAUUCAAUCCAGUGGCAGGAAAAGUUAUAAAUCCUCAGGUUAAAAGACGUAUGGUUGUGCUGAAUAAAAUAUUUAUGGAAGCAAUAACAGGAAUAAUGGCAACUGGUGAAAUGUCCAGAGACAUUGUUGGUCGUGGUGUUGAAAUAUCAAGUGUACAAAUAUCAAAUGAUUUUUCAUUUCUUCGUGUAUAUUGGUUUACAACUGAAAAAGAUUCUCAUCAACAAGUAUUACUAUCAAAAUUAUUAGAUAAAUGUGCAAAUAGAUUAAGACAUGAAGUUAUGCAAAUGAGAGUUGUUGGUAUUGUACCACCAAUAUUAUUUGUCAAAGAUAAAAAACAAGGUUUAUCAUUUGAAUUGGAUAAAUUAAUGUUAACUGCUGAUUAUGGUGAUGAUUAUGUUCCAACAAUAACACCAAAAUCAAUUAAACCAGAAUUGACAUUGUUUUCAAAAUUACCAGCUGAUGUACGUGAAAAAGUUAUUGAAAUUAAUAAACAAGAAUUUAAUCUUGAUGAAGAUGAUGUUAUUGAUGAUGCUGAACAAGAAGAAUUACAAGAUAUAUUUAAUGUUGAUUUACCACCAAUGAGACAUGAUGCUCUUGGGCUUGAUCAUUAUUUUAUCAUGUCUAGAAUUAAACAAUCAUUGAACAAAGCUCAGACAGCUAAAAAUCGUAAACUUAAUGUUGAUGAAAUUGUUGAAGAACGACGAUCAUUUGAUCCAUCAACAAUAAAACCACUUAGAACUGAAGAAGAAGCACAAGCAUUUUCAGACUUUUUAUUAAAAAGAAAAAUUGAAGAAAAACGUAGAGAAAAAUAUGAACUUGCUAGUUUAAAUACUCAAAUUAUUGAUGAAAAUUCUGAAGAUCGUGAUGAUGAAAAUCAAUAUGAUGAUGAUUAUGAUUCUGAAGAUGAUGAUCAAGAUAAUUUUGAUGACAUUGAUCUAUAAGAAUUUUAGCAAUCAUGUAAAUAAAUUUUUACAAUUAAAAAAUACAAGUUUUUUUUUUUGUUUUAUUAUAAUAAUAAAUUGUUAAAUAAAUCUGUUAUAUUAUUAAUAAUUUUUUUUUUUUUUUCUUUAUGCAAUUGACUAUUAAUUUACAAUACAAAUAGUACAUAAAAAUUCAAAAAUCUAUUUGUAAGUACAUUAAAUUUUUCAAAUUAAUUUGAUUCAAUUAUUUACUGAUGUUUUUUUUAUUCUUCAGAAUCAGGUACUUGAUUAUUUUUAUUCAUUAAUUAAUUUAUAAUUGCCAAAAAAACCCCU